CGCGUCUGGUAGCAAUUUUGUACCUCAUCACACUCUAAUAAUCGAAGAAUUCAACAUGAUCAUUCCCGUUCGGUGUUUCAGUUGCGGCAAGGUUGUCGGCGACCUGUGGGAAAGAUAUCUAAAGCUCAUCGAUUCGGGAGUUCAGGAUGGUGACGCCAUGGAUAGUCUGGGAUGCAAGAGAUAUUGCUGUAGGAGGAUGAUAAUGACCCAUGUGGACCUCAUCGAGAAGCUUCUGAAGUACAACCCUGCGGACCGAGACGCAAAGAAGGCUGCUUUGAAUUAGAAACGCCAACGAAUAUGGUACAGGCGCAUAGUUGGAGGACGUCACAGGAAGUGCAUGAAUGAAUGGCGUUAUGGGGCAGGCGUUGAAGCAUUAGAGGACUUUUGUUCCUGCACAAAAUCGACGAUUCCCAAUAUCAAACGAUGUUUUCCCCAGAAUUUGAACAGAAGUAUAUAUACAAGGUGGCCGUUGAACCUGUGGAAAUAUGUUGUCGAAGCGGCGAAUUUGGCUCCAAAGUAGGAGUUGUUUGUCUCUCUCUGCAAGGCG